AGAAUAUGGGGACGCUUAGUAACCGGGACGAUUUGGAAGUCGGGUGUGUGUAAGGUGAAGGCUGGAAAGCAUGGAAAGGUUUCCCGUGGCAACUUGCCUCACGAUUUUGCUUUCGUUGCUGGUCUCCGGGCCGGGCCUGCUGCAGCGGAGCAGGGGUAACGGCUUGCCCGACGACUUCCUGUCGGCGUUUUUGCUGCGGCCGGCGGCGGUGCAGGAAGGGCAGGUUUAUAGGUUGGUGACCUACAUCUUUGUUUAUGAGGAUGUGAUCUCCUUGGUAUGCAGUGCUGUUAUCAUCUGGUACUUUGCUGGCAGCUUUGAGAAGAUGGUGGGGACCGUGAAGCACUCCUUCCUCACUCUGGCAUUUGCAAUUUCCUUAGCUCUACUCUACCUUGUACUCAGGACUAUGGCAUCCAGCCUGUUGAACAUGACGGAUGCUGGAGGAUUCACUCCUGUGGCUUUUGCCAUGCUGGCUGCAUCAAUUGCUCGCUCUCGGAUGAAGAGAACAGUACUCUUUGGAGUGAACUUCCAAAUGACAUUUGUGCCCUGGUUGUUGCUUUGCAUGGCCUGGAUUAUCCCAAGUUGUUCUUUCCUAGCAAACCUGUGUGGCCUCUUAAUUGGGAAUAUAUAUGGUUAUGGUUACUGCUUUGCUUUGGAUUUCUCUGAAUCAACAGCCUCUUGUUUAGAUCAGAAGUUCCCUUUCAGGCUGUUGAAAAGAAUUCCUGGGGUAAAAUAUGUUCCAGGAUCCCUGGCAGAAAGAAGGGCUUUCCAGAACCAAAGGUUAAAUCCAGUGCCAGGUUCUUAUCCCACUCAGAACUAUCACAGCCCCCCUCCUCCGUUGCUUGCCAUGCAUAUGCAGCAUCUUAACACACAAAUUCUAGCAUCUGGACCACCAUGCUCUCAGAAUCCCACACCGCAUCAUACUGCUGGUGCUAUGUGCAUCCAGAACCAUUCCCACUCAUCAGCAGGAUUCCCAUCUGCUUCUCAUUUUGUUGGUGCUAAUUCAUGGGUGCCUGAAAAGACAGAUGAUUUGGGGGCCCAUCAAACACCAGGAUUUCUGACCAUGGGAGGUUCCUCAAAAUCAGAAGACGUUUGUCAAGUUCAUGUAGGUUGAGUCUAGUUGGUAACUGCAAAUGUUGGACUAUGCUACAGUAACAGUGGUUUCCCUGAGAAGGGAGUCAAAAAAAAAAUUGGAGAUCCUGAGAAACUUGGAUCUAAUUGAAGAAAGGGACCAUUCUCUGUCUUGUGGCAACUGGUAGGAUCACGUGACAACAAUCUCUUGGCUGUUUAAUGCUGAAACUUAAUUUAUGCAUUAACUUUGGAUGAUGACAGUAUGGCCUUCACUUCAGGUCGUACCUUCUUUCUGCAUCUGACCAAUUUUAAAAAAGGUGAUGGAAAUUUCCUACUGAUUGAUUGAUUGAGGUACUGAACAGUUUAGGAUUGGUUUUACUGUGCUUCUGAUAAAACUGUUGUUUCCUUAAUAUUUGAAUGGCAGGAAAGCUAUUUAGGAUAUUUUUUUUAAAAAAAUAUUGCCCACGGAUGGAUAUGUCUGUUCAUCCCAAAGCUGCUUUUUCAAGGUGCUUUUUGAAAAAGCACCUUUGGGACAACCAUGACCUGGAUGAUUGAGAAUCUCCAUAAACGUUCAACUGAGAUACUUCUUGUCAGCUGAGCACCUUGGCUUAAACCCCUGAUUAUUUUAUACAAUGACUUUUAAAUUUUAAAAAUCUACUUUAGAUAAAUUUGGUAUAGAUCACACACGAGGGAGUGUAGCCAGCUGAUUUUGGUAAGGAUUACAUUCAUGGAAGUCAUGCUCUGUAUACAGAAGAUCCCAGUUUCAAUCUCUGAUGUUUCCAGUUCAUAAAAAUGUUAAACAACCUGAACUAUGAAAGGUUUCUUGUGAAAACAUUAGAAUUUUCUCCCAGUCAUGGUCAUGGGCAUUAUUUUGUUUAACAGAUCUGGCAUCUUUCGCUUGGAUAGCAUAACUUGGUAAAUGUAUAAUAUUACUGGAAAGUGCGAUAAGCUGCAACUGUGAUAAGAAAAAACAAUCUACUUUGGAUAAAAAAAUAAUGUUG